AUGGGAAAAAAUACGGUUCAAGCGAAGCAAUGGCUUGAAAAGUGUUAUGAGGACUCCGCUCCAUCAGAAACAACAAUAAAACGUUGGUUUGCUGACUUCAAACAUGGUCGUAGAGACACCGAUGAUGCAGAACGCAGUGGACGUCCAAAUGAGGCGGUAACACCAGAAAACAUAAAAAAAAUCCACAAAAUCGUUUUGAAUGAUCGAAAAGUGAAGUUGCGUGAGUUAGCUGACAUCGUAAAAAUAUCAAAAGAACGUGUUGGCUUUAUAUUGCAUGAGCAUUUGACUAUGAGAAAGCUCUGUUCAAAGUGGGUGCCGCGUUUGCUCACUGUUGACCAAAAACAAGAACGUGUUGAUGAUUCUGAGCAGUGUUUGGCCAUGUUUAAACGUAACAAACCGGAAUUUUUGCGUUGA